UACAUCAUACUGAUCGCACCGAUUGCACGUAUACUAUAUACGCGUGCGUCCAUAGUACGCAAUAGUAGUACGUAUAUCAAACGGUGCGUAGUUUGGAACAUUAAUUUUUUCUGGCGGCACGAAGUACAUACGAAGAUAUCCAGAAGAUACCAUUAAUUUAUGUGCAACUCCUCGGGGAACGUUGUUGCUUCGUGAUCCAAGGGGCGUUACACAUCAAUCAAUGUUUUAGCUGGAUUAUGCAUCAGCUUCCAUUGAAUAUCUUUGCUGCUUUUCAGUUUAUAAAUACAACAUGCCACCUAAGCAAAGAAAAAUAGCUAUUAUGGGCUAUAGAUCUGUAGGUAAAUCAUCCCUUAGUAUACAGUUCGUGGAGGGACAAUUUGUAGACUCGUAUGAUCCUACAAUAGAAAAUACAUUCACAAAAAAUACACGAGUAAAUAGUCAAGAUUAUGAAAUCAAGUUAGUAGAUACAGCUGGUCAGGAUGAAUAUAGUAUAUUUCCUACUCAGUAUUCAAUGGAUAUUCAUGGCUACGUCCUGGUAUAUAGCAUAACCAGUGCAAAGAGUUUCGAGAUUGUACAAAUUAUUUAUGAAAAAUUACUCGACAUCACUGGGAAACUCCAUGUCCCAAUCGUAUUAGUGGGCAACAAAACAGACUUGUAUGUUGAUCGUAUGAUCACGACAGAACAAGGAAAACGUUUAGCGGGCUCGUGGAAUGCAGCAUUUUUAGAAACCAGUGCGAAACAAAAUGAGUCUGUUGCAGAUAUUUUUCACACACUACUGAAGGAGAUUGAAAAGGCCAAUGGGAAUGUACAAGAAAAGCAGAGUUGCAUUAUUUGUUAAAUUGCCUGAAUCAAUGGCGUUAACAAAAAUUUAAAUGUGUAAAAUUAGGUUAAAAAACCAUUGGCGUUAUACUCUAAUACCUUUACAAUCCCAAGAUAAAUACAAGUCAAAAACGUAAAAGAAAACUGCAUGUGGAACAGUUGCAUAUAAUUUUUUUCGCUAUAUAUAUAUAUUAUAGAUGAUUUAGUUGUAUACACAAUAAUGGAUUAUAUAUCAAUUAUUAUUUAUACAUCAAUAGUUAUUUUUAUGAAAUAAUUAAUAUUUACGUUCCAGUUCUUUCAAUGUUUGAAUUAUAAAUUAAAUUAAUCUGACAUAUCAUUACUUUAAUUUUAGACAUUCAAAAUAUCCAAACAGAUGUAGAAAUUAUUAUUAAAAUUAACGCUUAGUAGUUAAGUUACAAUUUUAGUUAGAUUUAAAUAAAUUAAAUAAGGGUUCUUUCUUUUUUAAUAAAUUUAAGUUCAAGUUUACGUUUUGUAAAAAAAAUAUAUAUCGAAAAGUAAUUUUUUUAAUUUACACAAUUUCUACACAAAUUGAGUUAUAUAAAACGUUUUUGUUUAUUAUUAUAAUUAUAUUAAUAAAAAUUAAAAUUUAUUGACAAUAACUUAGAUGAAAAUGAAACAGUAUAGAUAGAGGAAAGACACCGAAUUUGAAACAGUUUCUUGAAACCCUUUUAUUUCUUAUAAAUUGAACGAAUACUGAUAAAAACAUGAUCCGCUUGAGAAAUUUAAAGAAAUAAAAAGCCAUAUUUCAUA